AACAAAAACAGACACAGUAAAAGGGGUUUACUUAAGCAGAACAAAACAACACACCCGGCGAGAAAGUGGCCUUCUGCGUAGACGCAAGGCCAAGGAGCUGGGAGUGGGAAUGCUAGUGCUUGGCUUCUGUUAAUGAUGGCCUCUUCUCUAUGUCUCAAAUCCUUCUUCACCUCUCUCUUCACUGAUCACAAUCACCAGGGUUCCGCUCUUGGGAAUUUCCCUACAAGUUUGGGGAUCAAGAAAGAAUUUAACUUUAGGGAAAACCAGUUGUUGUUUGUGAAGAAAUUCAGUUUGAAUUGUUCAAUGGACAGAGACAUGGAUGUGAGCACUUCAGCUGUUGUUGAUGAUCUGGCAGAGUGUUGCAAUGAAAUGAGUGUUAAGGAGCCUAGUGUUUCGACGUUAUUGAUGAAUUUCGAGAGUAAGUUUGAUCCUUAUGAUGCAAUGAGUAUACCACUUUACCAGACAGCUACUUUUAAGCAGCCUUCAGCCACGGAAAAUGGUCCCUACGACUAUACCAGAAGUGGAAAUCCUACACGAGAUGCAUUGGAAAGCCUCUUAGCAAAGCUUGAUAAGGCAGAUCGAGCAUUUUGCUUCACCAGUGGAAUGGCUGCUUUGGCUGCUGUCUCUCAUCUCGUUGAAAAUGGUGAAGAAAUUGUUGCUGGAGAUGAUCUGUAUGGUGGUUCUGAUAGAUUGUUAUCGCGAGUAACUCCAAAAGCUGGGAUUGUGGUGAAACGUGUGAAUACAACUGAUCUAGCUGAGGUUGCCUCUGCUAUUGGUCCCAAGACAAAGCUUGUGUGGCUUGAGAGUCCGACCAACCCUCGGCUACAAAUAUCUGAUAUUCGUAAAAUUGCUGAAAUGGCACAUGAACAUGGUGCUCUUGUGUUGGUCGAUAACAGCAUUAUGUCUCCUGUGUUGUCACGACCACUGGAACUUGGUGCAGACAUUGUGAUGCACUCAGCUACUAAAUUUAUUGCUGGACAUAGUGAUGUCAUGGCUGGCGUGCUUGCAGUAAAAGGGGAAAGCUUGGCAAAAGACUUGUAUUUCCUACAAAAUGCAGAAGGAUCUGGAUUAGCUCCAUUUGAUUGUUGGAUCUGUUUGCGAGGUAUCAAGACGAUGGCCUUACGUGUAGAGAAGCAACAGGAGAAUGCACAGAAGAUUGCUGAGUUCCUUGCUUCCCAUCCUCGAGUGAAGAAAGUUAACUAUGCUGGUCUCCCUGGUCACCCUGGACGUGAUUUACACUAUUCUCAGGCAAAGGGCCCAGGCUCUGUACUUAGCUUUCUGACAGGAUCACUGGCACUCUCAAAACAUAUUGUUGAGAUGACAAAGUAUUUCAGUAUUACUGUCAGUUUUGGAAGCGUGAAGUCUCUCAUCAGCAUGCCCUGCUUUAUGUCCCAUGCAAGCAUACCGGCAGCAGUGCGCGAGGCAAGAGGUCUAACUGAAGAUCUUAUUCGUAUCUCUGUGGGAAUUGAAGAUGUCGAUGACUUGAUUGCUGAUUUAGACAAUGCUCUUGCGACUGGACCUCUGUAGCUGCUUGUAUACUCGCAAUUUUUUGGCCUUCAUGGACCUUAAUUGAACAACACCCUUCAGACAUGCAGAAGGUAGUUUACGUUUCUCUCUGGAAAUGAGGCGCCAGAGCCAAGGCUGAGCGCCUCAGGAGGUGAGUUGAUGCAUAAUAUUGUAAACUCUUGGGAAUAUUGCAUGACUUCUGUUCAUAUUCUUUCCUGAAUCAUCUAACUUAUUAUUAAUUAAUAAAACAUUAAGUUUAAUUUAUAGAUGAUUUA